AUGUCUUCCCCUAGCAAACGCAGAGAGAUGGACUUGAUGAAAUUGAUGAUGAGUGAUUACAAGGUAGAGUUGAUCAAUGAUGGCAUGCAAGAGUUCUAUGUUCAUUUCAAUGGACCUAAUGAAAGUCCUUAUCAUGGAGGUGUGUGGAGGAUAAGAGUUGAGCUACCAGAUGCUUAUCCUUAUAAAUCUCCCUCUAUAGGCUUUGUUAAUAAGAUCUAUCAUCCAAAUGUUGACGAAAUGUCUGGCUCGGUUUGUUUAGACGUCAUUAAUCAGACUUGGAGCCCCAUGUUUGAUUUGGUAAAUGUGUUUGAAGUAUUUCUACCACAGCUUCUUUUAUAUCCUAACCCAUCAGACCCAUUGAAUGGUGAGGCUGCAGCUCUGAUGAUGCGUGACAAGCCGGCUUAUGAGCAAAGAGUUAAAGAAUACCGUGAGAAAUAUGCCAAACCAGAGGACAUUGGAGCUGCCCCAGACGAAAAAUCAAGUGAUGAGGAGUUGAGUGAAGAUGAGUAUGAGUCUCUUGAUGACGAAAUGGCUGGCCAAGCAGAUCCAUAG